CGCGCAUACAGUAUCAGUGCGCGGGCAUGCAGCGGGAGCGCGCAGGGUUCAUCAUGUCCUCCAGGUGUAUUUUCCUUUAGUCACACCACAGACAUCCGUGAUCAAACCUUCAUCUUCAUCAUCAGCAUCUUCAUCAUCUCUCCUGCUGUGUGUGUGUAUGAUGCGACUGUUUGUUUUCUGGACAGCGGUGUGUGUUCUGUAUACUGGAGUGAGAUGUCUCCCUCUUGUGGACGUGAAGGGCACGGGUGACUGUGACCCUGAAGAUGCCAGUGUGAGGAGCACCACAGAUGGACAGAUGGCAGACUGUGACGUACAGGAGACAGAUGCUGUUCUAAAUGCUGAAGACAGACAUGAUGGUCUGCUUAGAGAAUUACAGGAACUAGCAGAACAAGAGAAAGAGAGAGAGCGAAAAUACACCCGCGAGGCAGACGAGUAUGAACACAAUGACACCGACGGAGAGGACGAGUGGGAUGAUGGUGAUAAGGAAGAUGAAGAUGAGACGGUGAUGAAGAAAGAACAGAAUGAGAGAGAGCUGGAGGAGCUUCUGGACGAUGAGAUCAGAGAGACUGAGAUGCAGAGGAGACAAGACGAGCAGUUGGAGGAACUUCUGAAGGAACUCAAGAACAAACGACUGGAGAAGAAACACAUGAAGAAUGUUCAGUCGGAGGAGGUGGAGAAGAACGGGCUGGAGCUGAUGGUGGAGAAGGAGAAGGUGGAGAAGGAGCUGAAGGAGCUGCCGGAGGAUGAGAUGAAUGACACCAAGAGCUGGAACAAACAGGAGAAAGAAGAGAAACAGGAAGAGCUGCAGGAGCUGAUGAUGAAGAUGAAAAACAUGCAGGAGAGGAAUGCAACAGAGGGGGAGAGAGAGACGGGUCCACAGAAUGGAGGAGAGACAGACAGGAAAGAGCUCCAGCAGAAGCGAGAGAUGGAGAACGCCAGUGAUGAAGCCACACGACAGUUUGACCGAGAGGAAGAGGAGGACAGACAGCAAGAGGAAGACGGUGAUGAAGAUGAGGAGCUGUUAGAGAUUGAAACCGAGUUGAGGAAAGUGGCGGCAGAACUACGUGAACUUCGCAGGGGUUAAACACACACGGUACAUUCAUCAGGUUUUAGAAUGAACACAACACACAGACGCUUACACUCAUGAACACAAUCAGAUACAAGCCAUAAUGCAGUUGUUACAUCUAAGAGACACACACACACACUCAUCUGCAUCACACAGCUACCAGCUCAAUUCAGUAUAUAUACAUAUUCAUAUCUCUAUUGUAAUGCAAUACAUCACUGAGGGGUAAAAUAAGUAUAAUUACAUUUAAUAACACAAAUGUGCACUUGUGAUGAAGUAAUAAUGUGAUUUGUGCUCUCGACUGUUAUCUGUUUUUAUACGCUGAUGUGAACAUGGCUAAAAACUGUUCUGAGGUCAGAAUACCAGCUGUUUCCUGAUCACAUGAUCUGCUGGAUCAGUUUCAGAAUCACAGGGUUUUGUAGUUGUGUGUUUGAUGAGUGGUAAUGAGUUGCAGAGUACAUUCAAGUGUUUAUAACGUUGUGUGUGUGUGUGUAUAAUGUGUGUAUGCAUUCAUGUGUGUGACAGGAAACACUUGUGUUCUUUCCCUGUAUGUUGCACUUUCCUGUAACUAAGCAGCCAAUGAGAGCCGGUCUGAUAACAGACUCCGCCCACACACACAGUGAGAGUUUUAACUGAUUUAGGAAACAAACGAGCAAUAAGAGGAAGAUUAACUGAAGUCUUGUGCGUGUUUGAUAAAGACAUACAGCGUGAUCCGCAGAACUAUAUCGAUAAUAUUUAUUUAGAAUGUAAACAACAAAGAUUAGCUAAAACUAUAAACACAUUCUAUUAUGAGACUAGUUCGUAUGUCUUUAAUCUUCUGUUUUAACUUGUUAUAAAGUAAUAAAGAGCUGUUCUCUGGACACACA